AUGACCACCAAAAUUUCCAAAGCCUGCGAACCAUGCCGGCUACGCAAAAAGCGAUGUAACGGAUCCAACCCGUGCAGCCAUCCCGAUUGCCAGGAUUCUCCAACUACUUGCGUGUACAGAAACAAGACUCGGAAUAGAAGAUCGAAGCGAAACACCAGCAACCCUGCAUCACAACUACCUUUCCUCGGGUCUGGCCAUUCCGUUGAUGGUAGUUCACCAGUAUCGUGGCAUUCACGUCAAAUUACUGAAGCUGUGCCUGACCCGGGGGUGCAGCAUGAAGUUUACCAUAGUGUCACCGAAACGCAUUUGUCGCCCACGUCUACCGACAGUUCACAGCUAUUCUAUGGACCUUCAUCUUACUUUGCAUUUCUCCAGCAGAUACACAGGGGUGUCUUGCCCGUAAUCAACCAUGGACAGUCAGAGGGUAGCGAGGCACGAUCUGGUCUUAAUACGUUUAUGCAGAGGUCGAUCUUCUUCGGGACGCCAUCCCGAAUAAGCCCCGAGGCACUUAGAUCCAAGAGUGUUCAACUGGCACCUAUCUCAUCGGAAAUAGCAUAUAAAUUUCUCAGACUAAAUUACUCUACUUCUUUAAAAUAUAGGUUAAAUGUCCAUUUUUAUACGUUAAGACUAAUAUCAUAUAGAUACCAGGCAUUAUCCUUAGGGCGGCAGAGCGGCUUAAAGCUUAAGGACAUCUUAUGUCCAUUCCCAACUGAGCCGCUUCCCACGGUUAGGCUGUGCCGGCUCGCCACAAUCAUGGAGGACGCUGCAGAAGGUGUUUACGGCAGAAAAGCAACUUCGAUUCGACAGUUGUGUGCCGUCGCAGAAGAACUGCGCGGUCGUCUCCAUCAAUUUGCUCAAGAUUGGGGUAUAGGGUCUGCGCAAUUGGGGACUACCCAGGACCCUCUUGACAUUCAUGAAUCUAUGACAUUGCAUAACCUAUACUAUCACGCCAUCAUCUUGAUCUUUCGUCCUUUCUUAGUCGCCAACCAAGCUAUGCGUGUUACCGGAGGGGCGGGCGAAAUCAAGGAGAUGUGGAUGCGUCAGGCUUGCAGAUACGCUAUCGAUGCUGCACAAGACUCUAUCGAAUUCUUUUGGAAUAUCGACCGAGUAUGCGGAGCUUCUCGUUAUCAAGCUUUCUUCAUUGAAUGCUCAUGCUCGGUACUGCUCUACGAUAUCCUGUGUCAGCCGUCCAAGUAUUCGUACAACAUGGAAUACAUACAAAAGGCCAUACAGGCUUUAUCCUCUAUGACAGCUGAUGAGCCUAUUAUCUUGUCGUUGAACUCGAUUCGUCGUGUGUUGGAAACAAUCGAAAAAUCCAUUUCCGGCCAUAUUGGCGGGAGGCAGACAAUGGCAAUGGAUAGUGUUACCACAUCUCCUCACCACUACCCACGAGUCCAAUUCCCGUCCUUAGAUCAGCUCGGGCCCAAUGAGUCAGGCAGGAUGAUUCUUCUGACCGACGACGUGGGGACUGAAGAAAACAGGUCACAUCAGCUUAUGCCAGGGUUGCCCAACACCAUGGUAGAUCAAGACUGGACAAGCUCGGCACAUUUUAAUCUGAACGUCAUGACGACUGACCUCUUCAACUUUUUCCCUUUGGAUAUGACGACACCGAUGAAUCAUGCAGUUGGGGAUAGUGUUCAAAUGUCUUGA